AUGACAUUAAUACGUACAAGAUAUAAAAAUAGAAAAAUUACAUGUAUUACAAGAUCAAAUAGAUAUGAAAGGAAGAGCAUUAGAAGAGUAGUUGGUGAUGAUGAAUUAGAAGAAAAAGAAGUUGGUGAAGAAUUAGAAGUUGAUAGAUAG